UACAAAUCUUUUGAGUUUUAGUGACGUGUAAGAAAAUUCCAGUCGGUGUCCUCAGUAAUCUUCGAUUUUCUGCAUUUUUUCGCGUGAAAAUCCCCGUGGAAAGUGUGAAAAAGUGUUGAAAAGAUUGAAAUGAGUUCGUUCAAACGUGAUAAGAAAGAGGAGGAGGAUGGUGGUGGAAAUCCCUUCCAGAAUCUCGAGAAGACUGCGGUUCUCCAGGAGACGAGAUCCUUCAAUGAGACACCCGUGAAUGCCCGGAAAUGUACGCAUAUUCUCACCAAGAUCCUCUAUCUCAUCAAUCAGGGAGAGCAAUUGGCUGCUAGGGAAGCAACAGAUUGCUUCUUUGCCACCACCAAGCUCUUCCAGUCCAAGGAUGUCAUCUUGCGUCGGAUGGUUUAUUUGGGAAUAAAGGAACUGAGUUCCACGGCUGAUGAUGUGAUCAUCGUGACCAGUUCCCUCACCAAGGACAUGACAGGUAAGGAGGAUCUGUAUCGAGCUGCUGCCAUCAGGGCUCUGUGUAGCAUCACGGAUGCAACGAUGCUCCAGGCUGUGGAGCGCUACAUGAAGCAGUGCAUUGUGGACAGGAAUGCUGCUGUAUCCUGUGCAGCCCUGGUCAGUUCGCUCCAUCUGACCUCGACGGCUGGAGAUGUGGUGAAAAGGUGGGCCAAUGAGGCUCAGGAAGCCCUGAACAGUGACAAUAUCAUGGUUCAGUACCAUGCUCUUGGGUUGCUCUAUCACAUCCGGAAGUCCGAUCGAUUGGCCGUGUCGAAGUUGGUGAAUAAAUUGACAAGGCAGAGCCUCAAGAGUCCUUAUGCCGUGUGCAUGGUGAUCCGGAUUGCGUCUAAGCUGAUCGAGGAGGAAGAUCAGAGCACUGGAGGACUUCAGGAUUCGCCUCUGUUUGAAUUUAUUGAAUCAUGCCUGCGACACAAGAGCGAGAUGGUCAUCUACGAGGCUGCCCAUGCUAUUGUCAAUCUCAAACGGACAGGUCCCAGGGAGCUGGCGCCGGCUGUCAGUAUCCUGCAGCUCUUCUGUGGCUCCCCAAAGGCCACGCUGAGAUUCGCAGCUGUCCGGACGAUGAACAAAGUCGCCAUGCAGCAUCCGGCAGCAGUGACAGCGUGCAAUCUCGACCUCGAGGGCCUCAUAACCGAUUCCAAUCGCUCAGUCGCCACCCUGGCCAUCACAACGCUCCUCAAGACCGGAGCUGAGAGUUCCGUGGAGCGACUGAUGAAGCAGAUAGCCACCUUUGUCGCUGAGAUUUCCGAUGAAUUCAAAGUGGUUGUCGUCCAAGCUAUCCGAGCCCUCUGCUCCAAAUUCCCACGGAAGCAUCCGGUUCUCAUGAACUUCCUCAGUGGGAUGCUCCGGGAGGAAGGUGGCCUGGAGUACAAGACAUCCAUCGUGGACACAAUCAUCACGAUCAUCGAAGAGAAUCCCGAUGCCAAGGAAGCCGGGCUCUCCCAUCUCUGUGAAUUCAUCGAGGAUUGCGAACACACUUCCCUGGCCGUGAGGAUCCUCCAUUUGCUGGGCAAGGAAGGACCCUUCUCCAAGGCCCCUUCACGCUACAUUCGCUUCGUCUACAAUCGCGUCAUCCUGGAGAAUGCAACUGUCCGGGCAGCUGCAGUCUCGGCCAUGGCUCAGUUCGGUGCUGCCUGUCCGGACCUCUUACAGAACAUUCUAGUGCUCCUCAAUCGCUGCCAAAUGGACACGGAUGACGAGGUGCGCGAUCGUGCAACUUACUAUCUGACAAUCCUAAAAGCCUCCGACAUGAACCUGUCAAAAUCCUACGUUUCUCACGACAUGCAACUGUCCCUGCCACUGCUCGAGAAAGCCCUCAAGGAGCACCUCAAUGGCUCCCUCACUGACCGCUUCGACCUCAGUAUCGUGCCCAAUACGGCUCCUGUCCAGGAAGAGACCCACAACGAUGCCAUGAUCGUCACAAACAGUGUCCCUAAGGCUCCCAAAAUCACCCGAGAGGAAGCCAAUGCCGAAAAAUUGUCGCAGAUUCCGGGGAUUCAACGCCUGGGUCCCCUUCACAAGUCCUCAUUUCCCGUUCAGCUCACGGAAAGCGAGACGGAGUAUACGGUUUCCUGCAUAAAGCAUUGCUUCGCUCACCACAUGGUCUUUCAGUUCGAUUGUGUAAAUACACUAUCUGAUCAAUUGUUGGAAAAUGUUCGAGUGGACCUUGUGCUUCCGGAAGGAUUCAUUGCUCGUGCCGUGAUACCGUGCACAAAAUUGCCAUAUAGCGAAGUUGGCUCAACUUAUGUUAUUGUGGAGUUUCCCAACGAUGUACCGAGUUCUGUGGCAACACUCUGUGCAACACUGAAAUUUAUUGUGAAGGACUGUGAUCCGGCCACUGGUCAGCCAGAUUCACAUGAAGGCUACGAUGAUGAAUAUAUUCUGGAGGAUCUGGAGAUCACGCUGGCUGAUCAGGUGCAGAAGGCGAAGAAGAGCAAUUUUGGCGCAGCAUGGGAUGCAGCUGACACUGAAGAUUGGGUAGAAGCUGAAGAUACUUAUGCACUCUCAGCGGUUAAUACACUACAGGAGGCCGUCAAUACAAUUUUGAAAUUCCUGGGAUUGAGUGCAGCCAGUAUGUCGGAGAAGGUGGCCGAAGGAACGCAUACUCACACCUUACUCUGUUCAGGUAACAUUCCAUUUCUCUUAUUCAAUAUACUGUCUUUCAAUAAUUAUCGCCAUUUAUCACCAAUAUAUUCUUUAAUUCGCCUCUACGUUGCGCAUUAUUUGCGUAUAUUGGCUCAUGUACGUUGUUCAUUUGUGUUGUUAUUGACCACUGAAGAAGAAAAGACAACAAAAAAACACACAAACGUUAACCCAUGGAGUUAUUAUGUAAAUUUUUUGAAUCUAUGUAAAAAAAGGGGCGAGGGAGAGAGAGAGAAAUGUGCCGAUAAGAAAUUUUGAAAUACCUCAAAGCGGAUUUCGCAAGUUAUUCCAAAAUACACCGGUCAUUUUUUUUUGCUUAAGUGAAUAUUGUCAUUAUGAUAACGUCGAAGUUAUUUAUCGUGAAUUGAGUGUAUUGGAAAUUAGAGAGAAUUUAUACAGUAUGAUCAAUUUUUAUGCAAAUUCAAAACUGUUCAAUACUUUCGCACGUUUUACGAACGUCUUUUUUUUUGUAAUGUUUCGAGUGGCGAUGGGAAGAUUAAAGCUGGACUUGGUGAUACAUUCUGAGAUUUAUCUUAAAUGAAGAGGAAUUUUAAAUGGUGAAAAGCAAAAUAAAGAACUUUUUUUCAGGCUUACGAUUGGAACAAAAUUGAUUCUAAUCUGAUUUUUUUGGGAAUGUAUGUGACUUCUAUUUAAGUCUUAAUUGGCUUUUGGGUGGUUUUUGUAAUUAGUGUUUAAUGGCUUUUUCUCGCAAGUGUUUAAGUAAUCUUAAAUAUAAUUUGUCUUUUUUUUAUUUGUCGUCACAAGAAUUUCGCUUGAUUUUUGUGCUACAAAUUUAUAAUAUCCAUCUUUGACGAAGUUUAUAAAGAUUAAGGAGAUUGUCUUUGCAAAUUUUUGGGACAGAAAAGGAAAAGAAUAAGUUGCAUGUUUUAUCUCAGGACACUUCACAGCAAAGUGAAUUAAAAAUGGGGCAGUUUAGUAUGUUCUUCAUUUCAUAAAAUAUUAGUUGACCUGGAGAAAAAUGUAUUAAAAGUAAAAUUUUAAAAUUCUAAAUUUUUCAAAAAAAAAAAGAUGUGGCAAAGCGUCCCAGGCUUUGCAAAAUGAUUGAACGUGUGACUUCGAUGCUUUACUUUAAAUGUACUUUCGCAUCAUUUAUCGUUUAGUGUUUCUUAACUGAUUUGAACCGAUUUAUGAGUCAGUCAAAAGAUCCCACAAAAUAGUUUUAAAGAGUAAUAAAAUUGAUUUUCGGACAAAAAUUAUUUAUUCGUUCAUAACUGGUUCAUUACCGAUUCACGAUCGAUUUGAACCGAUCCGUAAAUCGCUUAAAAUAUCACCCAAAAUACGCCUUAUGAGUAAGAAAAUUGAUUUUCGGAUAAAAAAUAGAUACUGGUUAUGAACCGAUUCAUUACCGGUUCAGAACUGAUUGGAACCGGUUCAGUUUUCUCGGAAAUUCCAAGACCUUUCCAACGAUCCCAAACAUGAUCCCAUUCGCUUUAUAAAUGCGCUUUCUAGACCGUUUUUAAUCUUUGAUCUUAAAAAUCCGCUUUUAUGAAUAAUUCAAUGGUAUUUUCGUAUGUGGAGGAAAUAUUCGCCUAGUAAUAUCUAAAACAUACAAAAAAAAAGAAAAAAA